ACAGGCGGGUCCGGGAUUGAACCCCAGAACUGUGAUGCUAACGCUUUACCAGGUGCCGCCACAAUAGUAAAAUAUCUUGUAAAAAAACUCCACUGCUGAUGGUUGAGCUGGGUGAAUUAAAUCAUUCGAUUUACAGUUACUAUUAUUAAAAAUAUGAUCAAUGGAUGAACGGAUUUUCAAAAAUGUUGGUUCCUAUUCUGGAACAAUUCAAAUGUGAGAGGCCACAUUAAACAGAUGUAAAGUGGCAGCAUUGUAAACGGGCCUCAUGAUAGGCCUAACCACAAUUCAUAAAACUCUGAUAAUGUCACUCAAGUAGAGUAUGAUCGCCGUGAAGGUGGAAUUUAUAAUGUUGUGUAUUUUGUAAUUGUUUUUGUACUGUACGUGCUUUGAUACAAAGUGCAGAGGCGGAACUACAGUACAGGCGCAAGUUUUGUCAGGGAUCCUCGGCGAGUUCCGCGCCUGGUUUUCCGGGUGUCCCUCGGCGGGCUUCUCACAGCCUCGAGCUGGUUUUACUCAACUCCUGUCCUGAUAUCACUCCGCUGGCAUGGUGGAGAAGCUGACUUGAUUAUUGUGAUGGUGGCAGGCGUCAGCCAGUGACUACACACUUCCGCCACCGCUUCCCAUAUUCACGUUUUGCGCCGUCUGGACUCUUGAUGCCUCCCAACAGAACUAAGCGACAUCCUUACCGGGAUUCCUUUCAAACCAAACACCAUAUGACAUGCAAGUUCACUUGGAAACUCCGGAACCCGUUCGGUUCAAGCAACAAAACUUUUUCUCUAAGGACAACACCGUAAAGCGGCCAGUGGACUGUUGCCGCUCGGCGGCACCGUUGGUGUCUCUUUGACCGCGGGGUGCUCGCGUUCACACCGCGGCCGUAUUGUUGCCUUUCUGGCGGAGUUGUUGUUUGUAGCGGAGAGACGCUUCAUUGUCAAAGCCGCUCAUGUUCGCUCUUAUUUGUGUUCUCGGGAGGUGUUUGUUUUGGAACUGUGUUGAGGAGCGACGAAGCGAGCUCUGAGCCCCGCGACCGCAAGGAGACCCGUUGCCCUUUGAAGCUCCGGGUUGUCGCUCACUUUCGGGGCUGUCGCCGGUCCGACCUCCGGGCCGAAGCCUCAGCCGCCCGGCCCCCGCGGAGGACAGAGAGGGGACGGCGGGAGGUGGUGAAGGCAAGCUGGACGUUGGAGAAAAGUUCCUUCAAAAUAGCAGCCACUCGGCCCAGUGAUGGGGGACUUCGCCUCCCCCGCUGCCGGACCCAACGGCAGUAUGUGCAUCAACAGCGGCAUGAACCCGGUCGCCGGGAACGCGGUGCCCGCCGGGGCCGUGGGCAUACCUAAGCACAGCACGGUGGUGGAGAGGCUGAGGCAGCGGAUAGAGGGCUGCCGGAGACACCACGUCAACUGCGAGAACAGGUACCAGCAAGCGCACGCCGAGCAGCUGGAGAUCGAGCGCAGGGAGACGGUCAGCCUGUAUCAGCGGACUCUGGAGCAAAGAGCCAAGAAAUCGGCGAGCGGGAGCGGCGGCAGCAAGCAGCCGCAGAUCAAACAGCCGGACCCGGACUCGGCCUCUUCCACGGAACAGAGGAAUAACACGCUGAUAGCGCUCCAAGAGACAGUAAAAAGGAAACUGGACAGUGCAAGAUCCCCACUCAAUGGUGAGCAGAAUGGCAUCUGCGAUGGAGGCAGCUACUCACCAACGAGCAAACGAUUACGGAAGGAUGGUUCUGGUGGUUUAGAAUCACUAACAGGUCUUCCCAACAACAAUAACAACAACCUUCCACCCAUCUCUCCACUGCACCACCAAAUAGACAUUAAGCCCCUACUGAGUGGUCCCAACACUUCCUCUGGAAACAGCACAAACAGCAAUGGAAAGCAUGUAGGGCGGCCGGCGGAUGAGUUGGGGAAAAAUGGUGGUAGUCAUCUUUCAGACGUGAAGAUGAACGGUUCACUCGACUUGGAGGACAGCUUCAGCCUCCUCAAAGAACUGAAACAGGAACCGCUAGAUGAUGCAGGUGGAAUAGAGUCUUCAGAUCCCCAGUCUCUGUCCAAUCAGAACAAGCUCUUCUCUGACAUCAACCUCAAUGAUCAAGAGUGGCAGGAGCUAAUCGAUGAGUUGGCCAACACAGUGCCAGAGGACGAUAUGCACGACCUUUUCAAUGAGGACUUUGAAGACAAGAAAGAGGCCGAUUUUGGUAAGCCAGUAAACAAUCAGACUCCAGGACCACAGGAAGCUGUUGGAAAUACAACAGUACCUGCAGGGGGGGCCAUGCCACAAACAUCCCUUCUUCCCCCUGCUCAGCCUCCACAGGGCGGUCCACAGGUGCCCAUGGGCUCACCGCAGGUUCGGCCAUCAUCAUCGGGCCCACAGUUUGCAACCACUGCCAAUGGGACACCUCCUCAGCAACCUUUGCAGCAGUCCCCCGCCGUUGCUAUGGCAUCAGGGUCCCCAUUACACAACUGCGUGGCUCGGUCUCCUCAGACCCCGACCCAGGCUCAGACGCAAGCAGCUUCACGGCCUGGCAAUGGAUACAUGAUGAACCCAGGCCCGGUUGUUAGUCAGGCAGGCACUGGACAAGCAGGACCUGGGGUCGCCCCAGGUCAGCCGGUCGGACCAGUAACCCCUGAACUUUCCCAUGCGGAGCAGCUAAAAGCAAUGGCUGCACAGCAACGUGCUAAACUGUUGCAGCAGAAGCAACAGCAGCAGCAAGCAGCAAACUGGUCACCGGCAGGCCCUCCCACCAGUCCGUACAAUGCUGGUCCCUUUAACCAAGAUAAACCCAACAGCCCCAUGAUGUAUCCACCGCAAGCCUUUAACACACCGCAGACCCCGCUAGUGGCUGGGUUGCCCCCCAACAACGGACCCAAAGCUCCUAUGAACAACUACCUCCCUCACAAUCACAUGAGUUUGAUUGGCCAACAACAGCAGAACAGUAUUGGGCAGAACACUCUGACCAAACAACAACAGCAGCAAACGGCAGCCAUUUUGUCAUAUAACAACACCAAGCCACUGAGUCACUUCAGCGGCAGUGGGGUGGAUCACAGGAUGACCCCACCCAUGGGAGGAAGCAGCCAGGUCAAGAACCCCAUGAUGCCGCCGUACAUGGCUGGAGGAGGCCAAGGGGCCGGUCCGGGGCAAACCCAGGGUCCAAUCCCUGGCCAAACAGCCCAUCUGAGUGAGGAGCAGAAGAGAAUGUUGCUUAUGAAGCAAAAAGUCUUGAACCAGAACAUCCCCUACAGCAACAUGCAGCCACACGGACAGGAGCAAGGUGUUGUGGGACUGUCCCGACCACCUGGCGCCAUCCCACCUCCGCACCCCGCCGGCGGUGUGGCUUCAGGAGUGGGGCCUAACCAGGGGUCGGGUCCGCCUCCGGGCUACGUGGGUAACCAGCAGCAGGCGGCCAUGAUGAAACAUAUGAUGGUGAUGGAGCAAGAGAAGAGGGUGCAGAUGCACAUGAUGGAGCAGCAGAAGCAGCAACUCUUCAGGGAGCAGCGGCAGCAGCAGCAGCAGCAGCUUCUGGCCGAGCAGCUCCAACAUCAGCAUCUCCCAAGACAGAUGGGCCAAGGUCAGCGGAAUCCCUUCCCUCAAGUCAGUCAGUAUCAAGGUUCUCCUCAAGAUCUGGCAUCCAGGAGCCAAGCUCUCCAGAGCAUUCGGGCUGCACGUCUUCUACAACAGCAACAGCAGAACCAGCAGCAGAUGGUCCAGAUGAGCUCUGUCCAGAGCCAGGGGAGCACCGCAGGACCCCAAGGUGACAUGGGCCUACCCUACAGCACCCAAGGCUCUAACCAGGGUUCUCUCUAUGGGCUCAGUCCUUCCAUGAGCCAAAUAAUCCACCAGCAGCAGCACCAGAGCCAAAGUGUCCAAGCCUCCCUCGGUCUUCCACAGCAGCACAACCCGGCUGGAGGGCAACCCAGGCAAGCAAGCGGCGGUCCCGGGGUUGGGGGUAUUCCUGGAGGCCCUGGCGGUAGUGCCGCUGGAGGCUAUGGAGGACAAGGGAUGUUAAUGAACCCCAUGGCCCAGCAACCCCUCAAAGGUCCAACUAAUGCCAAAGCCCAAGCACAAAGACUGCAAAGCAUGCUGGGAGCUGGAGGGGGUGGCGGGCCAAUGGCCGGAGGAGGCUGGCCGCAGCAACAAGGACAGAGUCUACAAGGCAUGGGGCCGAGUGUCGUAAGGACUACAGGAACAGGAGGGGACAGGGUUGGAUUCAGUUCCGCCCAGGGCUACGGGAUGCAGCCAGGUCAUCCCCCACGCGUGGCCAAGCAACACUUUCAGGGGCCAGGCCAGGGGAUGGCCCAAGGGAUGGACCCCAGGGUGGGAAACCCAGCAGCGGGCAUGGGUGGCCCGAUGGGCACACACAUGGGCGGUCAGCCCAGGACCAACCAGUCUCGGCCCAUGGUCAUGAACCAGGGGUUAAACCAAGGGGUUAUGGGUCCAGGGGCGACUGGAAUGGGGUCGUUCGGGCCAGGCCCUGGGGGCCCGGGUUUAGGGGCCGCCGGAGGAAGUGGACCUUACGGACCCGGGGGACUGGGCGUUGGUAAUCAGACGCAGGCCUACCAAAGGACAGCCAAUCAAGACAUGUCAUCCUAUGGUUAUGGGGGCGGGCCCUCCAGUGGAGGAGCCUUCGGAUUGGGGGAUGGAUCAGGAGCGGAGCUGGACUCAAGCGAGGGUUGGAUGGAGGAGUUUUUCCCUAGCCAAUAGCCUAAAUGAAAACUAGAGAUGAGUUUUUACUGGAUGAAGUAAACAUUUCAAGACACAAAAGGACACACUCCAAUGUUAAUUGGUGUCUAUGUAGCGUUUCAGUCAUCCAGGUCAUGGUAAUCUGCAGAAGUGGAUUUUGGCAACGCGACUGUCUUGGUUGUCAGAAAUUUGAUUUCCUAAAGGCUUCUUCACUUCUAAAUCUCGGGUGCCGAAUUCUCGAAAUUCAUACGUCUGGUGGAUGUUUCCCUUGGAGGUUGUCAGAUGAGGGUUGUUGUUCCCAAGUGUGACUGGUGAAUAACCGUUUUGCGUAGCGACCCGUCAGUCAUCUACCUGCUGUUCAAUGUCUUAUUUGUGGCCACUUUACUCAGCGUGUCAGGCAAUCUUUGGCCAAGAUAUGUCAGGAUAUUGUUAGGAGCUGGUAACAAGACGUCUUUCUGGUUUGACAUACAACCCCAAUGCCAGUAAAGUUGGGACGUUGUGUUAAACAUAGAUAAAAACAGAAUACAAUGAUUUGCAAACCAUGUUCAACUUAGAUUGAAUUGAAGACACGACAAAGACAAGAUAAUAAAUGUUCAAACUGAUCAACUUUUUUGGGUCAAUAGCCAUUAACGGAACUAACUAAAAACUGGGACGGGUUUAUGUUUGCCACUUUGUUACAUGACCUUUUCUUUUAAAAACAUCCAACAUCCGGGAACUGAGGACACUAAUUGUUUAAGCUUUGUGGGUGGAAUUCUUUCUCAUUCUUGCUUGAUGUACUGCUACACUUGUUCAACAGACUGGGGUCUCUGUUGUUGGAUUUUACGCUUCAUAAUGCACCACACAUUUUCAAUGGGAGACAGGUAAUACCUGUUACUACAAAGCCACAAUUUUGUAACACGUGCAGAAUAGGACACUAAUUGUUUAAGCUUUGUGGGUGGAAUUCUUUCUCAUUCUUGCUUGAUGUACUGCUACACUUGUUCAACAGACUGGGGUCUCUGUUGUUGGAUUUUACGCUUCAUAAUGCACCACACAUUUUCAAUGGGAGACAGGUAAUACCUGUUACUACAAAGCCACAAUUUUGUAACACGUGCAGAAUGUGGUUUGGCAUUGUCUUGCUGAAAUAAGCAGGCGCAUCUAGGAAAAAGACAUUGCUUGGUUGGCAGCAUCUGUUUCUCCAAAACCUCCGUGUACCUUACAGCAUUAAUGGCUAUGUCACAGAUCUGUAAGUUACCCAUCCCAUUGGCACUAACACAACUCCAUAAAAUCACAGAUGCUGGCUUUUGAACUUUGCUCCCAUAACAGUGUGAAUGGUUCUUUACCUCUUUGGCCCAGCGGACACAAAAGCCAACAUUUCCCAAAACAAUUUGAAAUGUGCACUCGUCGGACCACAGAAAACAUUUCCCCUUUGCAUCAGUUCAUCUUAGAUGAGCCUGGGGCCAGAGAAGCUGGCAGACUUCCUGAGUGUUGUUGAUAAAUGGCUUUUGCUUUGCAUAGUAGUGUUUUAAGUUACACUUUCGGAUGUAGCGCCCAACUCUUUUCACUGACAUUGUUUUUCUGUAGUGUUCCUGUGCCCGUGUGGUGACAUCCUUGACAACUUGUUGGUUUUUGAUGCAGCCUGAGGGAUGGAAGUUCAUGAGCAUUCAAUGCUGGUUUUCGGCCUUGCCGCUUACAUGCGGCAGCCUCUCUGAACCUUUUGAUGAUAUCACGGGCCAUAGAUAAUGAAAUCCCCCAAAUUCCCGACUAUUUGGUCACGCAUUUGUUCAUAAAAAGGUGAACCUCGUCCCAUCUUUUUGAACGACAGCAAUUAAGAGAAGUUGCUUUUAUACAAAAUCGUGGCACCCACCUUUACUAAAAACCAUAGUUUAUCAGUUUGAACAUGAAAUAUGUUGUCUCCCAAGUGUAUUCAAUUAAAUAUAUGCUAAGCGUGAUUUGCAAGUCUUUGUGUUCUGUUUUAUGUGUUUAACACAAAGUCCCAUUGGGGUUGUACACGGUUUUCUUCAAGACUUUGACUUUGUUUUCCUCAGUGAGGUCUCCCUUCUCUUUGAACUUCAGACUGGACUCAAAAGAGGCUGCACUUCGAAAUUAUACCAUACGUGUGUGUGUGUGUGUGUGUGUGUGUGUGUGUGUGUGUGUGUGUGUGUGUGUGUGUGUGUGUGUGUGUGUG